CCCUACACAAUUUGGCACACAGCUAGAAAGGCGACGGGGAUAUUGAGGCACAUUGGGAUUGCACACAGCGAUUGGCGUUCUUGGAGGCAUGAUUUGGGCUGUGUUAUGUGUUAUCCCGCCUUCUCUUCUACCAACUACGAUGUUUUCGUUUGUUGCCAUUGCGCUCUACGUUCCUCUGCCUAGUGCACUCUGCAUACACUGCUUUGAGUUUUUUUUCUUUCCUGCUCCAUCAUAGUCUGGUCUGGGCCUGGUAGGGUAAGGGCGGCGUUCUAUCACAGGAUGGGAUGUGGGCGUAGGGCACAGGCGGUUUUGCGCUGGUUUCAUGCGUCUGCCUGGUUACUGCUUAGACUCGUAUUAUGGCGUAGGUGUGACUCUUCCUGUGUGUCCGCCGGCGUCUAUGGUGUGAGUUUGUUGGGCCAUGGGCUAUCGAGAAAUUGGUGGAUGGGUGCGCGAUGGCUUCGGAUUCCGGGCCACUGCAUUUCUUGUGCUAGAAUUGGGCCAGGGAUGAGGAAACAGGAGCAGCAUUUUCGGACAAUGGCACCAUCUAUGCUUGAAUGGCGGGCCAGAUAUCCAAAACUUGACGUUCUGAAAUCUGUCUUGUGUGGAUGGAUGGGUUCCUUAUGCUGUGCAACACAGAGGCCCGGAUUUAGCCGCCGAUCAGGGGUAAUCACGUCACUGGAGUGAGUUGGCAGACAGAGACUUGCCCACCAUUAGGAAGAAACAAAAAAUGAGCAUAGUGUAGAUAAGAAAAUACAAGUAAAACUAAAUAAAAUGAAAGAAACGGC